UUUGACUGCAGAGGUGUGUUGAUGACAAAGCUGCCAAGAAUAUAAGUGAGUGCCUAGUAUUACUUCUGCGACUUGACGUUGAUUAAACCACACCUAGGAGAGUCUGGUGAGGUCAAAGCCUAACAUUAGUGUUUGGCUGGGUUUCGAAUAUGGCUCUGUCAUUCCUUUUGGUAUUGGCUGCAACUGUGAUUCUUAUCAGACCUGAGACACCUGUGACUAAGGCCCUACAUCAGAACUCACUCGAGUGCUGUGGAGAGAAACAGAGAGUGAACAGUUCAUGUUCAAAUGACACUCACUGCGAACCAGGAUGCUUCUUGCGUGCCCUUGAGAACACAAACACUGUUUGCAUAUUCUGUGACGCAGCAGCUGUGGAUUUGGAAAACAUAACCAUCUGCACAUACAACUAUACAGUGGAGAGGAAAAACCACACAACUGUAACAACUGUCAUCCCUAAAAUUGGAGGGCCAGGUGUGGCAGCCUCUCUUCUUCUGGGAACACUGUUGAUCAGCCUGUUCCUUAUCCUCUCCGUUGCUUCUUUUUUCUACCUUAAACGCUCCAACCGACUCCCUGGCAUCUUCUACCGCCGCAACAAGGCCUUCAUAUUCCAACCAAGUGAGACAGCUGUCAUGAUCCCCUCCUCAUCAGUGAGGAAGCCAAGAUAUGUCAGAAGGGAGCGGCCCUCUGCAACAUCAACACUGAAUAAUGCCACAGUACCCACCACAUCUACUACUCAAGUUUUUAAUGUGUAGGAGUGAGGGGCGGAAGUGCUGGUGCAGGUAGGAGAGAGCGCUCAGGAAUGAUGUUAGAUUUUCUUAUCAUGUGACGGUUCAGCCGUGUGAGGGAAGACCAGUUGAGAAGACCUGCUGCAUUUGUCACCAGGGCUGUUAUUUUUUCAGUAUCCAGUAACCAACCUGUCAGUCUUCUUGACACAGUCUCAGACUUGUUUUUCACACGAUAACUUAAGUAUCACAAAAAAAAUAGUUUCAGUAUUUCUCUGUAAAUUUGACCCCCCCGCCCACUCCUUCAGGAUCACUCCUUUUGUUUUUAAGUCUGAACACUGUUAUUAAACAGUUUUUUUCUGCUGUUCGACAGUGUGUCUUCAACUGACCUGCAAAACUCAAACGAUGGGUUUUAUGAAUAUGUGCACCUGUAAAAGGAAAAGUUUGACAUUUUACACUUAAAUACACUCGCUCUCUGGUGGAGAGCACCAGCACCUCCAAAGCUCACUAAUUAAGGCGUUAUAUCUUGUUUAAUCUGAAUAAAACCCACGUUUCCCUGUUGUAUGGGCCAGACUAUUUGCGCCAAAUUAGCGUUUUUCCACUUUGGUUUUUGUACAGAUAAAACAAACUAGAUCUAACGUUGUAAUUAGUGAGCUUUUGAGGUGCUGUUAGGUUUUGUUAUUUUGAACUUUCUGCAAGAAAGAAGGUGUUUUACUAAAAUGUCAAAGUAUACCUUUAAAGCAAAGAUGAAUGGAGCCAGUGGCCAAGUUGAGUGACUGAUUUCUUCAGGGCGGACAAAGUGACAGCCCAUUGACAUUUGAUGGAAGUCUGUUUUUAAAGCUAGCUAAUUAUGAUGUGUGUGGGGGGUUAUUUUGUUUGUUUUUUACAAGUGUGAUAUUUAUUUGCACUGAGUCUUACUGAUUACAAUCAGACAAACAAAGUAAAUGAUGUGUCUAACAGCAGCAGAGUUCUUCUGGUGGACCAGGACAUUUUAAGGAGAGUUACUGCAGAUGCUGUAUGGAUUAUCAUUUGAUGGCUUUUUUGUGUUUUUAUUAUGGCAUUUGUAUUUAUUAUUUUUGUGAGCUUAACCAACUUGAAUGUAAUACACAUGUACAACUAAUUGUGCAUCGCAGUUGCACAUGUCAUGAAUUACAACAAUUUUGUCCUAUGAAGUAAAUUCCAAUAUAUUUUUCCCUCAAAACAUAAAACUACUGAAUCCUCGUGCACUUUAGGCCAUCACUGUACUGUUAAGUAAUUUGGUUUUUUUUGGCAACAUUAUUGUUGCAUUGUGAACAUAACUUGACUACUAUUAACAUUUGCCAAAUGUUGUCGGAGAAAAAUGGCUUUUGCUGUAUGCCAUUACUGUGAUUACUGUGCCAUUAUGAGCUUUAAAUGCAGCUAGGAAAUGUUUAGUCAUGAUGUGAUGGAUUAUUUGAUUCAUAACCAGUGGCCUUGACUAUACACAAUUCCAAAACAAUGCUAGUUAUCCAAGUUUUAUUUGCUACAUGGUAUUUUAUUUCAUAUAGUUUUAUAUCUUGAUGGCACUAAGGCUGUAACAAGUGACUUCCCUCUUCAGUAUAUGUGAAGCCAUAUGAAGCGAACGAGAUAAAAGGCAGCAAUCAUUCCAUUAAUAUUCCCCUUUUUGCUUCAUGCGUUUGCUGUUGUACAGACAACCAUAAGCGGAAUACAUGUACAUAUUGUUUUAUACAAAUGAUGUAUUGUUUUUGUAAUGAUGUACAUAUUCUAGUUUCAAUGCCAUGAAUAAUGUUCUGAAGAUGUAAUGUUUGGAGAAAUAAAGCACCUUUCCAUAACCA